CAAUCAGUCGCCGCGAGUCUGUGGUACGGGGCAGAUCCGUUUGGCUGUAGCCACGUAAGUUAAUGUGCUGCUCGUAGUGUUGUGCAACACUGGAGAACCUGAUUUUUAAGCAAUUACCGGCGCAUUGUAAAUAAUUGUCUUUGUGCGUGUGAGACUGAUUUUAAGAGUGCGGUUAAAACUAUAAAUUACAUUAAGUUAUAAAUAUACUGAAAUGUAGUUCCGUUUGUGAGGUUAUAUCAGUACAAUAAUUGACUAGAUGUUAAUUAGUCAGUCAUAUUUUCAUUUUAUAGCCUACCAUUCUCCUCAAAUUAUAAAAGAAAUCGUAAUUUGAAACAUAAUAACCGACUUUUUGGAUUAUAAACCCUGUGCAGAGUGGAUGUGUGAUUAACCUUGUAAUUCGGAGUGGUAACUAUAUUUACCAGCUGCUUUAACAGUUUCUGCGUUGAGGACACAUCGACAGUCGCCAUGUCAUUGCAAUGGCUAACACUGAUGGUGAUACUCACAGGUAUCUCGCACGUAACAGAUUCUUACAAGAUUCUAUGUCUGUUCCCUCACACCGCGAAGAGUCAUUUCUUCAUGGCAGAGGCUCUGAUGAAGGGUCUGGCCGCUAAAGGUCAUCAGGUGACAAUGAUUAGCCACUUCCCUCAGAAAACUCCAAUUCCUAAUUACAGAGACAUCAGUCUCGUCGGCUCGAUGCCAGAAUAUGUAAAUCAGGUGCCUCUGGACACUGUAGCCACAGGGCAUGUCUACACCACGAUCAGUUUCCUGGCACACAUUGGUUACGACAACUGUAAAAACACCAUGGAGUUCCCAGCGAUGAAGAAAUUCGUUGCAGCAAAUGAGAAGUUUGAUCUGAUAGUCACUGAACUCUUCAAUACGGAUUGCCUUUUGGGAUAUGUUUACAGACAACAUACGCCUUUUAUUGCUUUGAGUUCUUCGGUUAUGAUGCCUUGGGCAUAUGCAAGAUUCGGCAACCCUGAUAACCCAUCCUACAUGGGAAAUCACUUUCUGUACCAUGGAAACCGGAUGACAUUCCCAGAGAGAGUUAUAAACGUGCUGUACCAGGAAGGCCUCAAGUUGGUCUAUAAGUUCGUGUUCGAUAGACCCGCAAACGAACUCGCCAAAAAGUACUUCGGAGAGUCGUUGCCUCCUCUGUCAGAAAUCGCGAAGAAUACGAGUCUGUUGCUGGUCAACAGUCAUUUUUCUCUCAACCAGCCGCGACCCCUACUCCCCAAUAUUGUGGAAGUGGGCGGAAUACACUUGCAGCCGCCGGAGCACAAACUUUCCAAGGAUCUGAAGGAGUUCAUUGAUGGAGCAAAGCAUGGCGUUGUAAUAUUCAGCCUUGGGUCUUCAGUUAAAGCUGAUACGUUCCCACCUGACAAGCGUGAUGCAUUCGUACAGGCAUUUUCAGAGCUUCCACAGCGAGUGCUCUGGAAGUGGGAGGGAGACACGCUUCCAGGACAGCCUAAGAACGUUAAGAUAGUCAAGUGGUUGCCUCAGAUGGACGUUCUGGGUCAUCCGAACGUCAGAUUGUUCGUCACACACGGUGGUCUUAUGGGCACUACGGAAGCUGCAUACAGUGGAGUCCCAAUGGUAGGGAUCCCCUUGUUCGGCGAUCAGUUUCACAACGUCAGGUCGUACGUGUUACAAGGCAUAGCCGUCACCCUCGACUACCACACGAUAUCCAAAUCUACAGUUCUGUCAUCUCUCAAGGAAGUUUUGGAAAAUCCUAGCUACAAGGAAAACGCAUUACGUAUUCAAAAGGCAUUGAACGAUCGACCUCUCUCCCCGUUAGACACUGCCAUCUUCUGGACGGAGUAUGCAGUACGACACGGCGGAGCGCCACACUUGCGUUCUGCGGCAAUUGAGCUUGCGUGGUACCAGUAUUUGCUACUAGAUGUCAUAGCUGUGCUAUUUCUGGCCGUAGCUGUCGUCAUGGCAGUGUUCUACUUUAUUGUCAAGAAAUUAUUUUCCCUGUGUCUAAAAACUAGGAAUGAAAAGAAAACGAAACCGAAAGCAAAGAGAAGCUGAACAAAAGUGUGUCCUAGUUUCCUCCAUUGUCUUCUGUAAGAACUGUAAAGUGCUUUAGAACCAUAAUUGUACGCAGCUUUUGUGAAAAUUGGGUUGUCAAGAUGGCUACGGUGCGUAUUGAAGUAAAGGGUGUAUAUGUAAGCCAGUAUUACGAAAUGUAACAGUUACAAAAGCAAUACGAUGAAACAUACA